AUCUAUUGUCUUUGUCUUGGUUGUUGCAGAAAUAUCUUCAGUUUCUUGAAGAAGCCAAAAAGUAUGACCACAGAAUUUUAGGCCAGAAGCAGGAACUCUUCUUUUGUCAUCCACUCAGUCCUAUGAGUUGGUUCUUUCUUCCAUUAGGCACUCGUGUAUAUAACAAGUUGAUGGAAUUCAUUAAAGAGCAAUAUUGGAAAAGGGGUUACACAGAGGUUAUAACGCCGAAUAUGUACAACAUGAAACUGUGGUAUACUUCUGGACAUGCUGAAAAGUACAAGAAAAAUAUGUUUACGUUUGAUAUUGAGAAACAAGAGUUCAGGCUCAAACCUAUGAAUUGCCCUGGUCACUGGUUGAUGUUAACCGCUCUAACUUUUAACGUGAGAACGUGAAAGCUUGAUUC